UCAACCCUCUGGUGUUGUUGUUGUGCAGCAGCAGUACAAACGGCAGUUCCAAGGUUUUUUGUGAAAAGGAGUGAGUUCACUCCUGGGGCAGCGUUCCAGUUGUCACAAUGGGUGAAAGAAAGGGAACAAACAAGUAUUAUCCUCCAGAUUUUGAUCCGGCCAAGCAUGGAUCCCUCAACGGCUACCAUAAGACCCACGCCCUGCGUGAGAGAGCCCGGAAACUGUCCCAGGGCAUCCUCAUUAUCAGGUUUGAGAUGCCUUACAACAUCUGGUGUGAUGGCUGCAAAAAUCACAUUGGCAUGGGGGUUCGGUACAAUGCGGAGAAGAAGAAAGUGGGGAACUAUUACACCACGCCAAUUUACAGAUUUCGGAUGAAGUGCCAUCUCUGUGUGAACUACAUUGAGAUGCAGACAGACCCAGCCACUUGUGACUAUGUCAUAGUAAGCGGGGCUCGCAGGAAGGAGGAGCGCUGGGACAUGGCUGAGAAUGAACAGAUUCUCACUACAGAGCGGGCAGAGAAGGAGAAGCUGGAGACGGAUGCCAUGUACAAACUGGACCACGGUGGGAAAGACAAGGAGAAGCUAAAAAAGGCUCUGCCGUCUCUGUCAGAGAUCCAGGACUAUCAGGCCGGGAAGAAGGAUGACUUCCAGCUCAACAGCACCCUCCGUAGGAAAUUCAGAGAAGAGAAGAAAGUUCUGGCUGAUCAGGAGGAGAAGGAUAAUGCGGUGAGGAUGAGAACCAACUUAUCCAUCCCACUAUUACCAGAGAAGGAGGAGGAUAAGAAACUGGCAGCACUACUUACCUACCAGGCACCUGACUCAUAUGAGGACAAACAGCAGAGCAAAAGGAAGGAGAUCGCCUCUCGUUCAUGGUUUAACUCUGCGUCAACACCACCAGGUGGUGCUGCAGGCAGCCUGCUCCAUAAGCUUGGACUCCAAGGGAAAGAAAUAGCUGUGGCCAAAGCCCUGGGUUCCUCACACAGUCCUUUAAUCCGCAAACGGACAACACAGUCUGGAAACAAGACUGAACAGUGUGCCACCAUCACCCGCAGAAAGUCACACCAUGAUGUCAGCACAAGCGAUGGGGACAUUUCAUUGGCCACACCCACAGUGGAAACCCCAUGUAUAGUAUCGGAACAAAUGGUUCAGAAUGAGACAAAUGGUGAUGGUUUCAAGGAAGUACAUAUCAGACCUACAGAGGAAGCAGACAAAAAACUGACAAAUGGAAAGGUGGAGGACCGGAGUAAAUGCUCAGGAGGAGUCACAUCUCUGGUGGCAGACUACAGUGACUCGGAUUCAGAGUCUGGACAGUGAGACUGAAUGAUAAAUGGGACACUUUGUGUUUUUCAGUGAAGAGUCACAAGAAAAAUGGAGAUAAAAACAAACUGUAGAUAUUUGUCACAGCUGCAGACGUCUAACAUAUGCUUCUUUUAUCUGCUGAAGUAAUAGUGCUGCAUUCAUCUUUAAGAUCUGUGUGGCCUGCAGAUUACAGUGUCAUGUGUGAAUGUGUUGGAAAAAAUGUUUAGAACUUGACCCAGCAUAUGGUAUUUGGUUAUCUAAUCUACAUCCCUCAGAUGCCCAAACAUGUGUCCCAGUAAUAAAACAGCCAAAAAGCUUGUAAAAUUAAAUGUCAACUGCUUCAUCUAGUAUUGCUGCAUUUUUGUUUAAAUUUUAGUUCAGUAUGUUGGCUCAAAGUGUUGAAAUUAUCCAUCCACAGUAGAAUAACUUGUACCAGAUGCAAAGUUCAUUUUUAUCACAGGCCUGAGGGGUUUACUGCAAAGGAGCUUCAACACAGCCGGUCCUUUGACUUCGGCUGGCUUUACAAAUCCCAGCUGAAGAUAAUCACAGUCACAAGUGUGGUUACCAGCCAGGUUUUCUGAUUCAGACUUUGUGUGCACUCACACAAAAAGGGGCACAAAAUGAUCUCUGAGCGCUGCCUACUCCAAUCGUUGAUGUUAUCAGAUGAUGAUGAAACAGGGAUUACAAAUGAAUAAAGAAUAUAAGAAACAGAACACUGUUGCAAUAACAUAGGAAAUGAAUAGGAAAUGAAUACUGCAGAAAAUCAUUGCUCUUAGGAUUUAACCUGCAAAGUGGAAAGUAAUUAUUUGUAGAUCAUUAUUUUAUCGCUAAUUCUCAGUAUUGGAGUUUAUUUUUAAAGUGACAGCUGCACAUUGGCGCUCUGAAGCUUUAAAGUGGAUACAUUUCAACAUUAAAGGUUAAUGUAGGCGCUGUGGUGAAAUCCCUGUAGUUUAUUGCCAGAUUGAAAAGCAAUUAAUUUUAUUGAUUUAUCUUUGGUGAUAAACACCCAGAUCAGUUUGCUGCUCUAGUAGCUGCAAUUACAGCAGUGUAAAAAAAAAAAA